GCAGGCUGGGAGCUCGGAGGCGGUGGCGCCAGGAGGGAGCGUGGCGGCCAUUUUGUGUCUGCUCGCUUGCCUCCGUGGAGAGCCUGGUGUGGGCGUUGUGGCUCAGGAGAGAAGAGCUCGGCUCUCUUCUUUUCGUGUAGGUUGGGGGCGCCGCCGCCAUGGGCCGUAAGAAGAAGAAGCAGCUGAAGCCUUGGUGCUGGUAUUGUAACAGGGAUUUUGAUGAUGAAAAAAUUCUUAUACAGCAUCAAAAAGCAAAGCACUUUAAAUGCCAUAUAUGUCAUAAGAAACUGUAUACAGGACCUGGUUUAGCUAUACAUUGCAUGCAGGUACAUAAAGAAACAAUAGAUGCUGUUCCAAAUGCUAUUCCUGGAAGAACAGACAUUGAACUGGAAAUCUAUGGCAUGGAGGGCAUUCCAGAAAAAGAUAUGGAGGAACGGAGGAGGUUACUUGAACAAAAAACUCAGGCAGAGAGCCAAAAGAAGAAACAACAGGAUGAUUCUGAUGAGUAUGAAGAUGAUGAAUCUGCAGCUUCAACUUCGUUUCAACCCCAGCAAGUUCAGCCACAGCAGGGGUACAUUCCCCCAAUGGCACAACCAGGUUUGCCUCCUGUGCCAGGUGCACCAGGGAUGCCUCCAGGUAUACCACCAUUAAUGGCAGGUGUUCCACCUAUGAUGCCUGGAAUGCCUCCAGUUAUGCCUGGAAUGCCACCUGGAUUACAUCAACAGAGAAAAUACAUGCAGUCAUUUUGUGGUGGAAACAUGAUGAUGCCGAUGGGUGGAAUGAUGCCUCCUGGGCCAGGAAUACCACCUCUUAUGCCUGGUAUGCCACCAGGUAGGUCAGGGUUGUCGAACUCGUACUAUGGUAUGCCACCGCCUGUUGGUCCUCGUCCUGGGAUGCCUCCAAUGACACAAGCACAGCCUGUUACAGCACCGGGCAUUCUUAACAGGCCCCCAGCUCCUGCUGCAUCGGCACCUACUCCCCAGCCUCCAGUUACUAAACCACUCUUCCCAAGUGCAGGGCAGAUGGGGACACCUGUCACAAGCUCAAGUACAGCUUCCUCCAAUUCAGAAAGUCUGUCAGCAUCUUCUAACGCUCUGUUUCCUAGCACAGCACAAGCUGCAGCAGCUGUUCCAGGUCCAGUUGGUACUGAUUUCAAACCUUUGAAUUCUACACCCGCAACAACAACAGAACCCCCAAAACCUACAUUCCCUGCUUACACGCAGUCUACAGCCUCAACCACUAGCACGACAAACAGUACUGCAGCUAAACCAGCUACAUCCAUAACAAGUAAGCCUGCUACCCUCACAACAACCAGUGCAACCAGUAAGUUGAUCCAUCCAGAUGAGGAUAUAUCACUGGAAGAGAGAAGGGCACAGUUGCCUAAGUAUCAGCGUAAUCUUCCUCGACCAGGACAAGCUUCCUUGGGUAAUCCACCAGUUGGGCCAAUUGGAGGUAUGAUGCCACCACAGCCAGGAAUUCCUCCACAACAGCAAGGAAUGAGACCUCCCAUGCCACCUCAUGGUCAGUAUGGUGCUCAUCACCAGGGCAUGCCAGGAUAUCUUCCUGGAGCGAUGCCUCCAUACGGUCAGGGACCUCCGAUGGUGCCCCCUUACCAAAGUGGACCUCCUCGACCUCCAAUGGGAAUGAGACCUCCUGUAAUGUCACAGGGUGGCCGCUACUGAUGCUACUACACACGCUCUAAUAGGUUUGGAGAUUAAACCUUUUCUCAUCUUGUGCUGUUAAUAUAGCCGAGCUUCCGUCAAUUAAGGCUUCAUUGUGACUUUAAAAAAAUAAGUAUCUUCCCACAUGCAAGGAGCUAUUGGACAUUCUUAUUUUACAUGGGAAAAAUUGUUUGGAAUAAUAACAGGAACUUUUCCUGAUGUUGCAAUUUAUACUGUAUGGCUUCUUUUUCAUGUUUCAUCUAGGUUUUUAGAAGUGAAGUAUAGUAAAUAUGGUUCGUUAAAUUGUGAAGGCGCUGGAAUUACAUGAACAUACCACCUUAAAGGCAAGUUCUGUAACAUUAUGUUGCUAUUUGUGAAAUGAUGCCUUCACAGCACUUCAAGUGCUGUUGGACUUCAUGUCCCCAACAUAGUUUGGUGAGGGCUGUAACUGUUCCCAACUACUUGUACAUUUAAGUCUGAACUUGUAACAAUAUUUAAUGUAUUUAGAGUUCCUCCUGUUUCAGGGUUUAAGUAAACUGACCCACUAAGGUCGUGUGACUUUUCUGUACUGUUAUAAACUUCAUUGUAAUAAAAGAAGAGAAAAA